GCACUAUUCAGAGCCUAGAAGAUCCUGUAGUUAUUUUUCUUCACUACAAGGAUGCUCUUCUUCCUACCCUGCUUGCCAAGCUCAACAAAUUCAAAAUAUUCGAUCAUUUCUCUGAUCUUGUAUUAUACUGCUGUGAUAUGGUUGGAUUAGCCUGGAGUCUUCACCUAGACAAUCUUUGGACAGGAAAACAUUAUCCUAGCCUUGGAACAAUUGUUGGAAGUUUAGAGGAUAGUCCUCCUCUGCCCUCCGUUUCGUCCAGCGGGGCUACAGAACUAUUAGAGAGUGUACUGAGUAAAUUGAUGCAAACCAAUCACCUCAACAUGACCAAGGUCCUGGAGAUGUCCAACAAGAUGAGCCUUGUGGAGUAUAUGUCCGUCAAGUACAGUAUGAUCCAGGGCGUGAAGGUUGAUCAGGGUUCAAGUUUGCCAGACUACCUGGAGAUAUCUCAGAGUCAUGAUGCGUGGGGGACCCGGAGUAGAGUAGAUCUAGUCUGGACCUCGCUAGAGAGUCUCUCUAAGAAGUUGAAAGGAGAGAAGAAAUCUAAUCUCCUUCUCCCUGAGAAAAGAUCUACUCCGCUACCUAUCCCGGAGCCUGAAGCGCUAGAUGGGGAGGAUCAGGUAAAGAUAUUGAAACCUCCGGCCCCAGCCAUCUUCAGCUCUAACCUAGGACCUCUAGCCAACCUCAAGCUUAAAGCUAAACAAUUCAAAGGAAACCAUUACUUUUUUAUAUUAAUUUUGGUCAUUUUUAGUAUCAUAUCCCGCUUAAACCAGUAGUUUUUAUAUUAAUUUUGGUCAUUUAUCUGCAUAGUAUCAUAUCCCGCUUAAACCAUUAGUUUUUUAUAUUAAUUUUGGUCAUUUAUCUGCAUAGUUUUAUCUCCCGCUUAAACCAUUAGUUUUUAUAUUAAUUUUGGUCAUUUAUCUGCAUAGUAUCAUAUCCCGCUUAAACCAGUAGUUUUUAUAUUAAUUUUGGUCAUU